ACCAUCAGAUGGAGGCCAACAGACUGGCUUCCGGAACUUUCUCCAAAUAUUGUCACCUAAACGUGAAAAAAUAUUUUUUUGUUUAGCUUUAAAACAGGAGAAAUACAGAUUGCACAUUGAACAAUACCGUACACAAUGCUAGUACUCCACGUGUGCUCUUUAUCGUCCGGUUGAUCUCAAAAUGCCAUGAAGUCAGGUCAUGACUCCGUAUCAACAAUGUAGCCCAUUGCAUACCUUCACCACUCUGUGUAAUGAAGCAGCACCUACUCUCUGUCCUGUCUCCACUUCGUUUCUAACCGUAUCCUCUGGAUCUGGUAUCAGUACUGCAGAGGAUACAUCUUUCUAAAGCCUUGGGAUUAGUCUGGUUGCUCUUUGCAGUCUCUCUCGCAAAGCCACAAUGUCCAUUUUGUACUGGGAAAAACAGCAAGAUAAAUAAACUCUCAUAAAAUGUGCUCACAUUACCAGCCACAGAGAGGUUUUCAAAGCACUGGACACAAUUAAAGCUUGCACUGUACUUGCACCCCCUGACUGCUUUAGAAAAUAAAAACAAUUCUCAUUAUUCCCAAUAAAUUAAAAGGUUUCCUCAAUUUAAAGGAUGGAAAUUAUGAAAACGGUGUAUCAUAACUGAACAAAUUCACCUCAAACACCAUCAUUACCAUGCACUUCUAAAUACACAUCUACUUCAUAACCCCCAUAAAGAACACAGUACAAUAUACACCAUCAGAGCUUAUACAACACAAUGCACAUUUCUAUAGAGUCUUUCAUCCAAGGAUCCUAAAGCAGUUCACACCAAAAAAAUGAACACUUAAACCAUUAAAUUAAAAACAAAUCUAAUACAAAUUGUAAUAAAGCUGAAAUAAAAGAGAACCCCACCCCACCCCACCCCAAAAAAAGAAACACGGUUUUAAUUGUAAAAAGAAAGUUGAACCUUCCUUAACUGAGGAGCUUUACAAGAAAAGGCCAUAGAUGCUACAGAUGAAAAGCUGCUGCUUCCUGUCUUCAAUCAGACCAUGUCACCUGACCUACAGCUAGUACUGCGUUCAACUUGACGAUUCUGAGCACAGCACCAGGGGGAUGCAUAAGAAUAUUAAAAUGAAUCCAGAGACUAUUUCAUACAGGUGAAAUAUGAGGAGAAAGGGCAGAUCUUCUGACAAUAUAGCACUAUAAAAUACCUUGCUUGGGUCUCCCCCAAAUCCAGCAAUAUUUUGUUGAAACUAAAUGAGAGCAGCCUGUUGGUCCAGAAUGCCGUAGUUUCUGGUUGCUGGUUUUUCAGGAUCCAUCCCAGUUACAAGGAAAUCAAAGACACCUGCAUCAAAAACAAAUGGAGCAAGAGAACCCAGACCCACUGAGGCGGAUUGAAAAACAAAACAGUACAAUCAAAGGAAUACGGAAAUAAAAAAAAAAUAAAAAUACAUUUAAGCUCUGAAAAAUCACCCCAAAUGUAGUGUUCAAAUUUAGACUGUAUGUCCUUUAAAGCUAUGAACAUUAUAUCAGUAGCGGAUACGACAAGUCAAAUAUACAGUGCGUAAUCCACACUAAUGGGUUUCCUACAAGAAGUAAUUAAACCAUUUGCAGUGUAACAGCAAGGCAUGUGACUGACUGAGACAUUUAGUCUUACACAUGCAUAGAGAAACAAGCCAACGCAAAGCACUCUGCUCUUACCUGCACAUGAAUAGAGAACCAAGCCAACACAAAGCACUCUGCUCAUACCUGCACAUGAAUAGAGAAACAAGCCAACACAAAGCACUGCUCAUACCUGCACGUGAAUAGAGAAACAAGACAACACAAAGCACUGCUCAUACCUGCACAUGAAUAGAGAAACAAGCCAACGCAAAGCACUCUGCUCUUACCUGCGCAUGCAUAGAGAAACAAGCCAACGCAAAGCACUCUGCUCAUACCUGUACAUGAAUAGAGAAACAAGCCAACGCAAAGCACUCUGCUCUUACCUGCACAUGAAUAGAGAAACAAGCCAAUGCAAAGCACUCUGCUCUUACCUGCACAUGAAUAGAGAAACAAGCCAAUGCAAAACACUCUGCUCUUACCUGCACAUGAAUAGAGAAACAAGCCAACCCAAAGCACUGCUCAUACCUGCACAUGAAUAGAGAAACAAGCCAACGCAAAGCACUCUGCUCUUACCUGCACAUGAAUAGAGAAACAAACCAACGCAAAGCACUCUGCUCAUACCUGCACAUGAAUAGAGAAACAAGCCAAGGCAAAGCACUGCUUAUUCCUGCACAUGAAUAGAGAAACAAGCCAAUGUUAUUGAAAAGGAAGUUAAGUAAAAAUAAAUAAAUAAAUAAUAAUAAUAAGUUGUACCAACGUGAUCCCCUUAGUGAGGGUAAACCAGGGGUGGCCAGAGUUGGGUCUGUCCUAAAUUGUUUAAUUGAACCAAUUAAAACUCCCAUCUAGACCCCAGUGCAGUUAUUUUCUUGUAUAUGUUAAAGAUGGGUGGUGAGGCUCCUGGGGUAAAUAAUCACGUUGAUUUGAACGCUACUUUUUAACAUCGCUAUCUGCAGACACACCUUUGUGUAUUUCACGAUAAACCACCAUUGUUAAGCAGGUGACUUGAUUAUUUGAUUGUUUAAUUAUUUGGAUUCUAAUGAAAUGAAACUAAAACUUGAAAAAAAGCUUCUUUUUUUUUUUUUUUUACUGAACUUCAAUGUCAAGCAACCUUGGGUAAACUGGGAGUUUUUCAAAGUCUCACAUCCUCAUUAAGAUGUCAUGGGAGACUAAUUAGCCUAUUCUGAAUUAACUACAGACCGGUGGGUUCCUUAAUUCAAUUAUUCAAGUUGUAUUACUUUGAAAAGAAAGACUCCCACUAUUCUGUAUUUGUCCCCCAAAUACAAAUUAGACAAUUAUUCAAAACCAAAGGCAAAACACUCAAAUAUAUUGGGCAGUUCCAGUGAAAUAGAUACAUCUGUUGUUUUGGAAAUUCCAUAACAUAAUUAGAGUCACAAGUGAUUACACAGUCUACAAAGGAGGAGGUCUGUGCUGGAACGAAAAAAAAAAAAAAACACUUUAAAACCAAACGAGGACAAACUGUGAGACUACAGAACAAACACAUCGGGAUAUGGUUUUGUAAUUGUUUUGUUUAAGGCAGAAUGGGUGUUGGUGUACCAUGGACAUUGCUUGCUGUAACUGCAGCAGUGGCAGUGGCAGCUUCAACAACAGCUUUAAAGACAAAUGGAAAGGUGCUGAAACACAGAUAUUUUGGGAGGACCGAAGGGGCUUUCUCUGAAACAGUUCUGAAAGACGGGCCAAAAGUCAAAACUAAGUCUGGGACAGUUGAAGGUCUUGCUAGUAACAAGGCACAGAUAUUCUAUGGAAUCCCGUACGCUGCUCCACCAAUUAAAGCUGGCAGAUGGAAGGCACCUCGCGCCCCAACACCAUGGAAGGGAGUAUACAAUGCCACCUACCCCAGAGCAGCAUGCAUGCAGUCCUGCCGAGGGCCAUUCGGGGCGCAAGCAGAAAACAGGGAUUGCCCUGUAAAGCUCAGCGAGGACUGUUUGUAUCUCAAUAUCUUUGUGCCUCUUGAUAUAAACUUUACUGCACCUCCUGCAAAGCUGCUCCCAGUGAUGGUCUGGGUGCACGGGGGGGAUUUUGUCGCUGGCACUGCUUCCAAUCCCAUGCAUGAUGGAAGGUUUCUUGCCAGUUCAACCCAUACCAUUAUUGUCAACGUAGAAUAUCGUUUGGGUGUCUUUGGUUUCCUUGUAACUGGGACGGAUCCUGAAAAAUCAGCAACUGGAAACUAUGGCAUUCUGGACCAACAGGCUGCUCUCAUUUGGGUUCAACAAAAUAUUGCUGAAUUUGGGGGAGACCCAAGCAAGGUGACAAUAUUUGGAGAAAGUUCCGGAAGCCAGUCUGUUGGCCUCCAUCUGAUGGUCGAAAGCAGCGGGCCACUGUUUAAUCAAGCCAUCAUGCAGAGCCUUCCCUUCUCCAUUCCACUCAAGUCAAAACAUGAAGCAUUAAAGUUGGGCAAAGAUUUUGCUGAAAUAGCAAACUGCACCGAAACAGGCAUGUCCUGCCUGCUAUCCCUCACACCGGAGAAGAUCCUAGCUGCACAGAUAGAAGCAGGUCGCAAAAUAUUAAAUCCCUUUAAGUUUCUGGAGAUGUUUCAGACCUGGGGCCCGUUCAUUGAUGGGGCGUUGAUCAGAGAACAAAUCACUACUGCCUUUCGGAGGGGCCAUUGGCAGAAAGAAAAACCUGUUAUUCUAGGCACAACCUCUGAAGAAGGAGUGAUGUUUGUCUAUGGAGCCUUCAAGAAGCCCAUGUCAUUGCCUGAGUGCAUUGCAUAUGCUACUGCUAUUUUUAAACAGUACACCCUGUUAGUCCUUUACAAAUACCUGCCUCACUAUCCUGAGGAAGACCGCAGGAAACUGCUGGCGCAGAUGGUGACUGACUAUGUCUUCCUGUGCUCUUCCUGCAAAUCUGCCCGCGCCGCUGUGAAAGACAGAAGCGCUGUGUGGCUGUACGUGUUCGACCACGUCACCUCUGACCGCAGAGUUUGGGGUGACUUGACCUUCUGCUAUGACCACGUGUGCCACAGCGCGGAGCUGCCUUUCGUGUUCAACUCCUUCAGCAUGAGAAACUUCACCUUCACAGCUGAGGAGCAGGUGCUGGCCAACCAGAUCGUGUGUUACUGGGGCAGGUUUUCCCACAGCGGGAAUCCCAAUGCAAAGGGUGACCAGACUGAGUUCUGCGGUCAACAGAACCUCCCGUCGUGGCCAGAGUACACAGACAGAGGCCACUGGCUUCACAUGAAUCUUACCACAGUGUCACAUUCUCAGAUCGGUUACCGAGACGACUUCUGUAAUUUCUGGGACACACUCGAUAUUUACUAAGAAGCUGAAAUGGCAUUCUCUACUGUUCGUGGGGCCAGUGUUUACCAGAGUCUUUUCUGAAACGUGUCUUUAUAUUGUGCUCAUCAUAUUGUAAUAUGUAAUGAUCAUAUUGGAAUUAAAAUUUUAAACACUAAAUACAGCCACGUUAGCCCUCACAGACCAUUUAAAAAAGGAACUGCAUGUAAGAAAAUAAUCCAUUUGGAGAGGAUGGAACUAUGAAAGGAAGCUGAGAAUGGGGAAGGAGAGGUAAUGUAAUGUAAGGCUGACUGUCUUUUGCAAACGCUGCAAAUGUUCAACAAACAAGACUGCAGAUUUGGAAUGAUUCUGUUUCGGAUUCGGGAAAGCACUGGCCCUAACUGUUAGCACUGAGUACUUGCUGGUGAUAGAAUUUAAAAAGCUUUGUGUUUUAAUAAUAUUCACUUUUAUAGUAAUACCUGCUAUCACACAGCUCAUGCAUCUUCUUUUAAAAAGCUGCUUUUCUUCAGUAGCCCUCAAGCAAAUUGUAUAUCUGUGCAUUUAUAAACUAAAAUACUGGAGUAUUCUACCUGUAAUAUGCAGGUAUGAAUAUGUCUUAAAAACAGCUUACACCGACUUCAGAUUUCUUGUAUUUUUAUAACAAGUUAAGUUAGUUUUAUUUUCCUUUCAGAAAGAUGUGUUAAUUAUUACUGGGAAAACAUGUCACAUAGAAGCUACUGCAAAUUAAUUUGUAGUUUAAGUUAAUAUCAUUUUCUCCAUUUACUGUAAAUUUCACUAUUUUCAAUUCCUAUUGCUCACUGUCAAACAAUGUAUUAUCUACAAUUAAUAACAUAUAUUGAAACUUAUAUUUAACCCAUAUAGAGAAGUAGAGCACUUCAAAAAACAAUAAUACUUAUUCUCACUGUUAAACUUCUUUCUAUAAAUAUUAAUGAUAACCUAUUUAUAAGACAGCCCUGUUCAAUUAAAUCCUGUGUAAUUUGAUGCUGGUUUCACUUUUCCUCAUAAGGCCUCCGCUCCUGCUAAAUUAACAGUAACUUACCGUGCUGCAAUAAAUCCAAAACAUGUCACACCGAUCACUGUAUCGAUCAGUAACUGUUACAGUUCCCUGUAUUGUGUACCAUUUGUGUUUAACAUCUUGGAACCUGUGCAUAAGCAAGGCAUUGUUACUGUCUUCAGAUA